GGAGGAGUUGAUGUCUAGACAGGGUGAUUUGACAUGGCCAAUGAUAUGUGGAAAUACUUCAGAGAGAGAUGCAUUUUGGAGCUACAGUCUGACCGUUAACACGUGACAACGAACCCCGAUUUCACAGACUGUUUUCAAGCAACAGUCUUAUCCUGGGUCGCUCCUAUUGUGCUAUGGAUAUCGUCAAUUGUAUAUUUGCCAUAUUUGCUGACAAGGCAAAAAAUUCACAGAUGGACAGUUGGAAGCAAGCUGCAUUGGUCAAAAUUGAUCAUUGGGGUCUUAUUAUGUAUUGUGACCCUUGUCAGUCUGCUCUAUUUUAUCAACCAGCAAGACGUACCAACAGCAGUAUGUAUAGCCAAUGCAGUAAAUCUUGCCACAUAUAUUCACGUUCUCUUCCUCAUGCGGAGGGAGUUCCUAGUAGGCGAACAUUCAUCGGGGACAAUGUUCAUGUUUUGGUUCACAAACAUUAUAGUUUCCAUAGUUAUACUCAGAUCUAAAAUCAUACAGUUUCUGGAAUACGCAGAUAACACAGCUAGACUCAUAUUUGCAAGCAUUGUAUGCUGUCUAGUCUUCUUAGAGUUUGCCCUACACCUGUUUGCUGAUGUGAAUGCAUUGAGACUUCCAACAAGCAAGCGAAUAAGAGAGGGAAAACCACUACUUGGGUCAACAUUAGAUGAAUCAAUCACAGAUAAAAAUAGACAUAAUCCAUGUCCAGAAUUACAAGCUUCUUUCCUGUCCAGAGUGUCAUUUUGGUGGAUGACUGGGUUCAUUAUGUUGGGCUUCAAAGGGAAGCUGAACGACGAUGCAUUACAUUCCUUACGGCCAUGUGAUGAGACUAAACAAUGUAUGGAUGCAUUUUUACAAGGAUGGAAAUCGCAACAGAAACGUGCACCCGCUACUAGCUUUAACAAAUCACCUAGUUACAAGCCAUACAGCACUUACAAAUACACAGCGGGAAAUACCGAAGAUGACACGGCAAUUGUCGAAAACGGGGACAUUACAUACCCUGACUGCAAAGCACAUACCAAGGUCUCGGUUAUUAAGGCACUCUGGAGCGCCUUUGGCUGCUAUUAUUCUUCAAUUGGUAUAUUUGAGCUCUUAAACACUAUAUUCACCUAUAUUAGACCCCUUGUAUUAGAUUUGUUGAUCAGCUUCGUACAAAAUAGAGAUCCAUUUGUAUGGAAAGGUUAUCUCUACGCUUCUCUUCUGUUUUUGCUGUCAAUUGGAAGAGCUUUAGUGAGUCAGCAACAUUUCCUUGGCAAGAUUACCACUGGUAUGAGGGUCCGAUCAGCCCUUACAGCUGCUAUCUAUAGAAAGGCAUUAAAACUCUCUAACAAUUCUCGAAAGAAAUACUCCUUGGGACAGAUUAUCAACCUUAUGGCUGUAGAUUCUCAGAAAAUAAGCGACGUGUGCAAUUUUCUUCACAACAUAUGGACCGCUCCUUUGAACGUUACUAUAUGUAUGGUAUUAUUGUGGAAGUAUCUGGGAGCGGCCUCAUUGGCGGGCCUUGCUGCUUUGACGAUCUUGGUUACCGUCAACGCUUUAUUGGCAUCAAAGACCUUGAAAAAAUAUCAGGUUAUCCAAAUGAAACUGAAAGAUAUGCGUCUAAAGUUGACGAACGAAUUACUAAAUGGAAUUAAGGUGAUCAAGCUAUAUGCUUGGGAGGGGGCGUUCAUGGACAGAGUACUGAAUGUCAGACAGAAGGAAAUCGUCACAAUUAGAAUUGCAGCAUUCAUUAUGGCUGGAUCCUCAAUAACAUUUUUCUGCGCACCACUUAUUUUUGCAGUUAUUUCGUUCAGUGUAUACGUAUUAUUGUCUGCAUCUCAUCUACUGAAUCCACAAGUGGCAUUUGUUUCACUCACUCUAGUCAACACACUUAGCAGACCCAUGACAGUAUUACCAAACGCAAUUGGAAACUUUGUGCAGGCGUAUGUAUCAGUGUGUAGGAUCCAAGCCUUCCUAAAUGACGAAGAACUUAGAGACGAUGUAGUAAGCCGUUCUAAAGAUAGACAGAACGCAGUUUCUGUCGAAGAUGGAUCAUUUUCUUGGGAACAGGAGGAAAAUGCAACAUUGACAAAUGUUACAGUCGGUGUAAAACACGGAGGCCUUACGAUGAUUGUUGGAAAAGUAGGUAGUGGAAAAUCGUCUUUAAUAUCGGCAAUGUUAGGAGAAAUGGAUAGAAAAGACGGUAGUGUCAAUGUAUCUAAAUCUACAGCCUAUGUUCCUCAGGAGGCAUGGAUCAGGAACGAUACACUGAUCAAUAACAUAUUGUUUGGAAAGAAGAUCAGCCGUGAAACAUAUGAUCAAAUAAUUGACGCAUGCGCUCUCGGUCCAGAUCUGAAAGCACUUCCGGCAGGAGACAAGACUGAAAUUGGGGAAAAGGGCAUUAAUCUCUCUGGCGGUCAGAAACAGAGGCUGAGUAUUGCCCGUGCAGUCGCUCAAGAUGCCAAUAUUUAUCUGUUAGACGAUCCUCUGAGCGCAGUGGAUUCACAUGUUGGCAAACACAUUGUCGAGAAAUUAAUUGGACCAAAUGGACUUCUCAAAAGCAAGACCCGAAUUUUGGUGACUCAUGGUGUAUCUUAUUUACAUCUGGCUGACCAGAUAGUAGUUAUGAAAGAAGGAAAGGUUUCUGAGAUAGGGACGUAUCAACAACUGUUGAACCACAAAGGGGCAUUCUCCGAGUUUUUAAGUAAUUACGUAAAUGAGGAUACAGGGGAAAUCAGCUCAAAUUCAGAAGGUAAUUACACAAUCGAUCCAUUAUGGCACGGCCAUUCCAUUCUGAAAUGUUAAGAAGUCAAGUAAGGAAAAAAAUGUAAAAAAGUGUACCCAGUCAUUAUAAGGGAAACAAAUCCCAAUAAACUUGCCCAAAUGAUAAUUCAUCGUGAAAAGAAAAGUCUAAUGCCCAUGUACAAAAUCCAGGACCAUAACAUUACGGGACAUUUCUUUUAUACUGAAACAAAUACAACAUAGAAUAAUAUAUAAAUUUAAACUUCAAUGUUAUUAAAGAAAAUGAAGUCUUUGAAGAUGUAAGAAAACAUAUUUCUCCACUGUCUGAAGAAAGUGGAGUUAGA